UGACUGAGGGGCGUGCCUGUGACAUGUGACUGCGGCCGCUGUACCCGGUUGUUGUGGAGAGCCGGGAGGAUGAGCGCGGAGCGGGACCUGAGUCCCCUGACCCCGAACAUCGUGCGGGCCCUGAACGACAAGAUGUACGAGAAGAGGAAGGUGGCGGCGCUGGAGAUAGAGAAGCUGGUGCGGGAGUUUGUGGCACAGAAUAACGCGGCGCAGAUAAAACACGUCAUCCAGAUCCUGUCCCAGGAGUUUGCGCUGUCGCAGCACCCGCACAGCAGGAAGGGCGGCCUCAUCGGACUGGCCGCCUGCUCCAUCGCGCUUGGGAAGGACUCGGGCCAGUAUCUGCGGGAGCUGAUUGAACCCGUCCUCACCUGCUUCAAUGAUGCGGACAGCCGUCUGCGCUACUACGCCUGCGAGGCGCUCUACAACAUCGUGAAGGUGGCCCGUGGCGCCGUCCUGCCCCACUUCAACGUGCUGUUCGAUGGGCUCAGCAAGCUCGCCGCCGAUCCGGACCCCAAUGUGAAGAGUGGCUCUGAGCUCCUGGAUCGGCUGCUGAAGGAUAUUGUCACGGAAAGCAGCAAGUUUGACCUCAUUGGUUUUGUUCCACUUCUGCGGGAGAGGAUCUACUCCAACAACCAGUACGCCCGGCAGUUCAUCAUCUCCUGGAUCCUGGUUCUGGAGAAUGUUCCUGACAUUAAUCUGCUGGAGUAUCUGCCGGAGAUUCUGGACGGUCUUUUCCAGAUACUUGGAGAUAACAGUAAAGAGAUCCGGAAGAUGUGCGAGGUGUCUCUGGGUGAGUUCCUGAAGGAGAUAAAGAAGAUGCCGGACAGUGUGAAGUUUGCGGAGAUGGCCAAUAUCCUGGUGAUCCACUGCCAGUCGUCAGAUGACCUCAUACAGCUGACCGCCAUGUCCUGGAUGCGGGAGUUCCUGCAGCUGGCCGGCAGGGUAAUGCUUCCAUACUCCUCCGGGAUCCUGACCGCAGUCCUGCCCUGUCUGUCAUAUGAUGACCGGAAGAAGAGUAUUAAGGAGGUGGCCAACGUCUGUAAUCUGUGCCUAAUGAAGCUGGUGACCCCAGAGGAUGAUGAGAGUGAUGACACAAGUCAGAUACCAAGUCAGGAGGAGCCGCCAUCAUAUCAAGACGCUACUGACCGUGGAUCUCCCGAUACCGACAAUGACUCCGCUGUGGACAGCAUCAGCGCGGUUGCUCCCAGAAGCUCCCCGGCCGCCGCCGUCACCCUGAAUCUGGAUGGAAUAGUUCAGGUGCUGGACCGGUACCUCCACGAGCCCUGCACCGGGAUGAUGACCCGAAUCUGUGUGCUGAAGUGGCUGUAUCACCUGUACAUCAAGACCCCCCGCAAGAUGUUCCGUCACACUGACCUCCUGUUUCCCAUCUUGCUGAAGACCUUGUCUGAUGAGUCUGAUGAGGUCAUCCUGAAGGAUCUGGAGGUUCUGGCAGAAAUCGCCUCCUCUCCGGCCGGACAGAGCGACGCAACCAACGAGGAGCCGGCGGCCGGACAGAUCAAGCUGCAGGUGCCAUCCCCGGCCCGAGGGGCGCUGCCCGGCAGUUGUGGUACCCGGGGUGUGGAGAGCUCGCCCUCGACGCCCACCAUGAACUCGUAUUUCCACCGCUUCAUGGUAAAUCUACUGAAGAGGUUCAGCAGCGAGAGGAAGCUCCUGGAGAUGAGGGGCGCGUUUAUCAUCAGGCAGCUGUGUCUUCUCCUGAACGCUGAGAACAUCUUCCACUCCAUGGCGGACAUCUUGCUGCGAGAGGAGGAUCUGAAAUUUGCGUCUACAAUGGUCCAAAAUCUGAACAGCAUCCUACUGACCUCCUCUGAGCUCUUCCAGCUGCGGAGUCAACUCAAAGACCUGCAAACGCCGGAGAGCUGCGAGCUGUUCUGCUGCCUCUACCGCUCCUGGUGCCACAGUCCCGUGGCCACCGUGUCGCUGUGUUUCCUCACCCAGAACUACCGGCAUGCCUAUCACCUCAUCCAAAAGUUCGGAGACCUGGAGGUUACGGUGGAUUUCCUGACUGAAGUGGACAAGUUGGUACAGCUGAUAGAAUGCCCGAUCUUCACAUACCUGCGGCUGCAGCUCCUGGAUGUGGAGAGUCACCCGUACCUGAUCCGCGCGCUCUACGGCCUCCUGAUGCUCCUGCCCCAGAGCAGCGCCUUCCAGCUGCUGUCACACCGGCUGCAGUGCGUCCCCAACCCCCAGCUAAUGAGAUCAGGGAAUGCUGAACCCCUGAGCUCCCCAAAAUCGGACUGUGAGAGGAUCGACUAUGCGGAGCUGCUGCAGCACUUCGAGCGGGUUCAGAACAAGCACCUGGAAGUCAGACACCAGCGAGCCGGCGACAUAGUGGAGCGGCGCCUGGGGCAGUGACUCCCCUCCAGGGGCGGGUAUCGGGCCCUGCCUGGGGUCUUCACAGGGACUGCACUGGGUCGAGGCUCCUGAGCACAAGGGGUCACAUAGGACAGCACCCCAACACUGGGGCUUCACUGUGAUUGGCUGGAUCGGAUCGGAUCUGGUGACAUGGCCAUUGAGGAUCCACAGCGAAGACAGAAGGGGAGUGGGCUUCACCUCUGGGAGGGGGGCUUUUGUAUGAGGGGCUUCUCCUGGGGGUCUCUUUUGCAUGAGGGGCUUCUCCUAUAUGGGGGUCUCUUUUCCAUGAGGGGCUUCUCCUGUAUGGGGGGAUCCUUUUGCAUGAGGGGCUUCUCCUGUAUGGUGGGGUCUCUUUUGUAUGAGGGGCCUCUCCUGUAUGGGGGGAUCCUUUUGUAUGAGGGGCUUCUCCUGUAUGGUGGGGUCUCUUUUGUAUGAGGGGCCUCUCCUGUAUGGGGGGACCCUUUUGUAUGAGGGGCCUCUCCUCUAUGGGGGGAUCCUUUUGUAUGAGGGGCCUCUCCUGUAUGGUGGGGCCUCUCCUGUAUGAGGGGCUUCUCAUGUAUGGGGGCUUCUCAUGUAUGGUGGGGUCUCUUUUGCAUGAGGGGCUUAUCCUGUAUGGGGGUCUCUUUUGCAUGAGGGGCUUAUCCUGUAUGGGGGUCUCUUUUGCAUGAGGGGCUUUUCCUGUAUGGGGGUCUCUUUUCUAUGAGGGGCUUCUCCUGUAUGGCGGUCUCUUUUCCAUGAGGGGCUUCUCCUGUAUGGGUGGGGGUCUGCUUUUGUAUGAGGGGCUCCUCCUUUAUUGGGAUGUCGUCUUCUGCUGACGUGUUUUCUAUGAUCUGAUUAAAGGCGGAGAGGUCUUGCUUCUCACGUAUUAUCUUCA